AUGUAUUCAAAAGUUUUUUGUUUGAUACUUGCUUUUGCUCUAUUAUAGAUAGCAUAUACAGCUGACUGUGAGCUUUGUACUUUUAGUAUAAAUGGAAAAGAUGAUAAGGGCCCUUGUACUAAAUGCGAUGAAGGUACAUGUACUCCACGAAAAGGAACUAUAGGAACUAGUUAAUUAGCUUGUUCUAUUAAAAAAUGCUAGGCUGGUUAAUUUAGCUAAACUGGAUAUGAUUCUGAUGAAGAGGGGAAGGGAUGCACUAAUUGUCGCGAUGGAACUUACUCUUUGGAAGGUUCUACAGAAUGCAAUCUAAUCCCUUGUGGCUAUGGCUAUUAUAGCGAAACAGGUUACUACAAUAAAAAUAAAGGAUUUAAAAGAGAGUUAUGUGAAAAAUGCCCAGUUUAUAGGACCACCUCAAAAGAAAAUACAAUAGGAUAUUAAGAUGAGGAAGGUGAAGAUACUAUUCAUACUAUUUGUGAUUUACAGUUAGAAGAAUGUCCUGAAGGUACAUAUAGUGGAACAGGUUAUGAUAGUGAUGGAAAAGGCAGUGGAUGCUAAAAAUGUGAGCCUGGUACUCACUCAAAUAAAGGUGAAAUGGGGUGUUUUCUAAAAGUCUGUGGUAUUGGCACUUAUAGCAAAAAUGGAUAUGACAAUGGUUUUAUUAUAGGCAAAUGUAGAAAAUGCCCACUUGAUAAAUCAACUGAUAAAGAAAUGACUAUAGGAGAUAGUGAUAAAGCAUGUAAUUUGUAAUUAAAAGUGUGUCCUGAAGGUACAUUUAGUACUACAGGUUAUGAUGGUAAUAUAAAAGGUAAAGAAUGUAUGAAGUGUAGAUCUGGUACUUAUUCUGAAUUAGGCUCAAAAUAUUGUUUACUAAAGCCUUGUGAUUAUGGUUAUUAUAGUAGAACAGGAUAUUUCAAUGUUUAAUAGGAUUUUGAUUGCACUAAGUGCCCUCCAGACAAAACUACUAGGGAGCAAAAGACAAAAGGAGAAGAUGAAAAAGUUUGUGAUGUGUAGCGAUAAUUCUGUCCUUAAGAUAAAUAUAGUGGUUCAGGCUAUGAUUCUGAUGGGAAAGGGAAAGGGAACGGAUGUUCUGAUUGUGAGCCAGGUACUCACUCUUUAGUAGGCUCUACAAGGUGUGAUAUAAAGUAUUGUGGUUAUGGUUAUUAUAACAUAAAUGGCUAUUAUUAUAUUUCUAAAGAGACAGAAUGUUAACAAUGCCCAAUAGGUAAGUCUACCCCACAAGAAAAUACAUAAGGAAUAGAUGAUAAAGUUUGCAGUGUGCAAUCAAAUAAGUGCCCUGAAGGUAAAUGGAGUAAUACAGGUUAUGAUUAUGAUGGAAAAGGGAAAGGAUGUGAAGAAUGUGAUGGAGGAACGUACUCUACUGAGGGUUCUACAAGCUGUGAUCUAAGGCCUUGUGCUUAGUAAUUUUAUAGCGAAACAGGUUAUUACAAUAUUAAUUCAAAAGAAAAAUGUAAGGCUUGUCCAUAAAAUACUUAUACUAAUGUACAUAUUAACAAAAGUUUAGAUGAUUCAAUUUGUAUACCUUAUUAGUCAAGUAUUUUUGAAAGUGAAAGAUAUGCUUCAAACUCUAUUAUCAUUAAAACUACUUUAAGUUUUGUUUUAUUAGUUGCUCUUUUCUGA